UGACCAUUUUCACUCCACUGAUGCUUCCCUUCUCUUACAAGAGGGCUCCGAUUCCUGCAGACCAGUCAGUAGCUGCAGUCUUCCUGGGAAACCACAGUUCCAGCAGCAGCAGAGUAAUCCAUUCUCCAACACUUACAAUCCUGGCUGGAAGAAUCAUCCAAACCUCAAAUGGAACCAGAAUCAGCAAAAUGUUCCAUAUCAGCAGAGUCAACAAAAUUUUCCAUACCAACAGAAGCAGCAGUUCAUUCCACAGCAGAGAACAAAACUUCCAGCAACCUGCUCCUCAACAGUUACAACAACAACCACCAGUGCAGCAGCAAAACAGUGUCAGUGGUCCUUUUUUGGAGGACUUAAUGAAACAGAUGGCCACCAACAAUCUGGAGUUUCAACAGAGGACAGAAUCCACAAUCCAGAAUUUGCAGACACAGAUCGGGCAAUUGGCGACAUCAAUGAGGAGAGAGCCACUCAGUCCAAGAAGCAAUCAGCAAAGGCUCGAGAUAAAGAGAUACUUGACACCUUCCGAAAAGUUGAGGUGAACAUCCCUCUUCUGGAUGCAAUACAGCAGAUUCCGAGAUAUGCCAAGUUUCUAAAGGAGCUGUGCACCAACAAGAGAAGACUGAAAGGAGAUGAGCAAGUUAACCUGAACUUAGGGGCUUCCAUUAAUGUCAUGCCUGAAUCUGUAUAUAAGUCUCUUGGACUUGGUCCUUUGUGUGCUACUAGUAUUGUGGUUACAUUAGCUAACAGGAGUAGUAUUCACCCAUCUGGUUUGAUUGAGGAUGUAUUGGUCAGAGUUAAUAAUCUGAUUUUUCCUGCUGACUUCUACAUUUUAGAAAUGGAGAGUGAGACUGCUACUAAUAGAUCACCAAUUAUACUUGGUAGGCCUUUCAUGAGAACAGCUAGGACAAAGAUAGAUGUUCAUUCUGGUACUCUAUCCAUGGAAUUUGGUGAUAGCAUUUUACAUUUUAGUAUAUUUGAUUCCAUGAAGCAUUCUAAGGUUCAGGUUGAUCAUUCAGUUUCAUGCAUAAAAGUGAUUCAUGAUGUGGCUGAUAAGGUUGAUUUUGAAUUGAUUAGUGAUUGUGCAUUACCUGUGGAUUAUGACUUGCCUAUUAAUGUUAAUUCUGAAUGUGUACUAAAUGUGAAGUUAUGCAAGACUCCCCAUUCUGGUAAUGAUUUUGAUCCUAACUCUCAUGGACCCAAGAUGAAAUGGGUACCAAAAAGUUCUUCCUCUAUUUUUAGUAUGCAGAAAAGUUUGCGUAAGGUUGGAAGAAAGGAUCAAGAGAAGAAGAAAUACACACAGAAAAGAAAGCCCCCAAAGUUGCGUGAUAAGCAGAUGGGGAAGACUUGCACAAUGAUUUGCCAUCACCUCAAAGUUGUUAAUGAAGGACCCCAGAAGCAACCUGUGGAGACAGAGGCUCUGCUCAUUGAUGCUACUUAUCCUCCUUAG